AUGAUGACACGAGCGAAGAUCUUGCAACUGAACGGCUUUGAUGGGCAGCAAUUGGCGGAAGCAGAAGCCGCAGAGCUGCUGGAGGACCUUCUGCAGGAAAGUGAGUCCCUGCACGAGCACAAACGUAACAAGGUGCCUCACCGCAAUCCGAGGUUAUGUCGCUACUUCUACAAGUUCAACGUUGGCACAAAGGAAGGCGAGCAGUUUGAAAAGGAAGAUCGGCUGGAGGCGUAUGCGGAAACCAAAGGACAGAAGAUCAUGAAGAGCUUGGAUGAUGCCAAAGACAGUUCGGUUGAAGGCAGUUCCGACAGCUUCAAGGCAUGGUCUUCCAUGACAGGACACUUGAAAAAAUUGAAGACCCAUAUGCAAACCCUAGAAGACCAAGUCUUUGUGACGGAGAAGCGCAUGCAGGCAUCAAAGCACGAAGACCUGGCUGUCCGGCAAGCGGAAUUGCAAACGGCAAAGAAGAAGCUGCAGGAUGCGUUACAAGAGCUUCGAAUGCACAUCAUGGACUCCACCACGAAGCACAAACGCACGGAUGACUGCACCAACUCAAUCCGGGAGCGCGAGGAGCUGAAGCAAAAGGUUGAGGACGCGAAAGCUGAGUGUGCUGCCCAGAUUGAACUGAGCCGCAAGUGCGUGCAGGCUCGACAGGACAAGGGUUUUGCGCUUGGUGGAACGGCUUGCCUUCCGUGCAGGGGGGAGAGCGCGCGGCAAGGAGUCUUCGCGAUGUGUCACAAACGCGUCGCACCUGAGUAUCGCACUUCUCCAGACAAGAGAUUGCGCAGUGAGUUUGUGGACCUCUUCCUAUCCAACGCGGCAAGCUCAUCCCGUGCGUCCCGCCUCGCACAAGCGGCGCAUGAAGCUGGUGUUGUCGGCAUGGAGGAGCUGGCACACCGAAGCAGAGAGGAGUCGACCAACAAGGCCAGGGAUAUCACAAGAAUGGCUCAUAGAUAUAAGAAAUGGCCGAAACUUUACGAAGCCACUGUCCGAGGACGCACCGUGGCAAAGGAAGAGGAAGUCCAAUGUCGUUGCUCCAUGCUUUUGCCUCAUGAGUUUGUCUACGUUCUUUGCCAGCAGAACGACCUCAGCACAGUGCUACAAACGCAAGAAGCGUUGCUAGCCACACGUCCAGACUUGACAUCACACCAUGUGGAAAAUACUCUCUGGUUAGGUCUAUGGCAAGAUGGAGUGCCAUUCAACGCCAACAGAGAGCAUUCGCUCGAGUGCUGGAGCUUAUCCCUUCUGGCGUGCGAAGGCUUACGGAUCCCACUAACUGCCUGGCCACGCGACUUGCAACUGAAGAGAACAACGUGUGAAGAUUAUAUAGCAAUACUAAAAUGGUCCUUCGAAUGUUUGGAUCGCAAUGAAAUGCCAGUGACUCGACACGAUGGCUCCGCCUUGGCUACUCCGACAGCUGGCGCAAGAGUCGCACAGGCAAAGUCAUUGGUGUUCGAGGACGCCUUGUCGAACUCAGAGGUGAUUGGAGCAUGUUUAAGCAUGCGCUGGGCCUUCCGGGGUGGCAGGAGACGGGACCCUGUUGCUGGAAAUGCGGCACCACCCGCACUUCCCUGCAAGAAGUCGGUCACCAUGCUGCGUGGCGCCGUGACAGGUUAA